AUGCAAAAGAACUUGAACCUACGUACGGCCCUCCUGCCAAAGGAUAUGACAACCCUUCGAAGCGACCACUCCUCUACCGCCAACUGGAUUCGCUGGGUCAAACCACUGGAGGAAUAUCGCAGAAACACCUUCUCCGUCUGGGUCAGCUACAACGCAAACCCGCGGCCAUGGAGAGUAGGUUGCUUUAUCGUCUCGCUUGAGGAGCCAUACGAGGAGCUUCGGGCAGACCUAGGAGCAGGACUACUAUUUUUAAGCUUCAAAUCACCACACACCAGCAAACUCAACCGCCUGAUGCUCGACAGCUCUAACAUAGUAGCGGCGCUUCGAUUUGCGCAAAAUUGCAACACUGCAGUCUUGCAGGUGGAGGCGGUCCAGAAUGAGAUCGAGAGGCCUCAUCAACCACAGGAGUAUUUACCCACAGGACCGCAGCCGCAUAUGAGGAAAGGACAAGAACGGCACGUGACAUUUGCAGAAGAGGACGAGGUUACGGAUGAGACACUGAACAAUACCAUGCGCGAUCGUGCCUUGCUUGGAUGGGCGUAUCCUGUCCUCGCAGGAGAAAUCUGCGCGUCACUCGAAGCGUACAGUUUGAGCAAAUCAGCUCUCGAAGUCUUCGAGUCAUGUGUUCCAAGAAGUUUGCCUCGAGAAGUGCUGCUUUUGAUUCGUGACGCACUUCUAAUUGCUGUGUUGAACGAUGGUACUUUGGCGGCUUGGGAGAACCGCUUCGAUUGUUUGAGCAAUACUUGCGACCUGUUGCUUCACUUAGAGGACGACGAACUAUGCAAUGCAUGGCGCGAAUUCAAGAAGGCAAACCCUGACGUUAACAAAAGGGGGAAAGUUUCCAAAGCAGCGAAGAUCAAGAAAAGAUUAUCCAAACCAUCACAUGAUAGAGAAAGAGAAGAGUUCACGGAUUUUGCAGCGGAUCUUAUUAAUGAUGACUUUCUUUGUACCGCAGAAUAUCAGCAAUGCUUGAAGAUUGUUCAUGGGCAGGACGAAUGUUUCAUAAAUUUCCUCAAGGUCUUCGAACGGGACUUUAAUCUCAAACUACACUUCGAUGUCUACACAACAUCCAUAGGCAGUAGUUAUCGUUAUGACGAAGACCUCGUGGCAAAACCAUACGUCCAGGCGUAUCUUAUAAUGCCAGUUGAUCAGUUUCCCGUUUUCACUGAUACUUCCUCCGGAGUAGCGGCAUUCUCGCUCGCGGCAUCCAUUGACAUCACAAAAGUGCAGACCCCAAUCAAUGACGAACAGAAAGGAUUGUUCAAGCACGCCUGCCGCGUUUUGAAGAUAAGGUGUCAGAAUGCGACAAGGAAGAAACAAACGCCGCGAGAAGCAUAUGGGACAGUCUCUUGGAAGGAAGAGGAUUUCGGUAGGCCGGUCACAAAUUUCGGCCUUAGGUCUUGCUUAGGAACUGACAUUUCGAACAGGAAGCCUGCCCAAGCUUAUGAUAUUCGCGUGUGA